AUGAACAUCAAUAAUAAUAAUAAUGGAAGCGAUAGUACCAACAAUAAUGGUAAUAACAAUAAUAUAAAUAAUGACAAUACCAAUAAUAAUAAUAAUAAUUUUCAAGAGACAUCAGCAUCAAAUUUUAUAAACAAUCCAACAUCAAUGAGAUUUGUAUUGAGAUCAAAAUCUCCAUCAUCUAAACAAAAUGAAUCAAGACCAUAUAGAAUUGAUCAAAAUGAAAUAGAUGAUAAUAGUUAUAAUAAUAAUAAUAAUAACAAUAAUAAUAAUAAUAGUGGUAUUAGUAAUAGUAAUAAUAGUAGUAAUAAUGGUAAUAAUAGUAAUAUUGAUAAUAGUAGUAAUAAUAGACAUCCAAUUUUUAGUUUAGCCAACCAACAAACUACACCACAGCAACAACAAAAACAACAACAACAACAACAACAAUCAUACAAUGAAUCAGGAGAAGACUUUUUAAAAUAUAUUGAUAAUAAAUUAGAACAACUUGAAAAAGAAUCACAAUUUCAAGCAUCAUUUAAUUAUAACUAUAAUAAUAAUAAUUUAAAUUUUAAUUCACCCCCUAAAAAUAAUGGUAAACAUAUUAAUUCAACACCACAACAACAACAACAACAACAACAACAACAACAACAACAAAAACAACGACAACAAAAUAGCAAUAAUAAUAAUAAUAAUUAUAAUAACCAACAACAACAACAACAACAACAACAAGGACAAGGACAACCAUUAAAUUCAACAAGAAGAUUACCAUCUAAUACUAUGUAUCAAUCACCAAUAAAACCUAAUGAAACUAAUAAUACUACAACAUCAUCACCAAAUAAUCAUAUAAAGACACCACUAAAUCAACAACAAAGAAAUCAAACAAUAAUAGCUAAUUUAAAUUUUGUAAAUGAAUCAAUUGGUAGGGAAAUAGAGGAAUUAGAAAGAGUUUUAAAUUGGCAUACAAUAAAUUCAACAAAUGAAAGAGAUAUUGCUUCAAUAAAAUAUCAAAUUCAAUUAAAAUAUAAUCAAAUUCAAAAAUUAAAUGAAAUUGGAAGUUUAAUAUAA